CCAAAUCCUCCAACUAUUGGGCUUUCAUCUGUAACUUUCCCGUAAUGGGCUUUUCUUUUCUUCUUUUCCGUUUCUUGACGGAGAAGUUUCUUGACGGAGAAAUGGAGCAAAAUAAAUAUAGGGUUUGACUCAAACCGUUUGAGAGAGUUACCUGAAAGUGAAAGGCUGAAAGGGGAUCGUGAAGACAAAACAAGCGCGAGGCCAGAGAGCAAGAUGCCUAGAACUACACGCGGCGCGGAACAACGAAGGCUCCAGUGUCUACAAGACAUCCAAAAUUUGCAAGAGGAGAUCAAGUUGUUACAGAUUUCAAACGAGAAACUGAAUGCUGUCGGUCUCGACGAUAUGAGCUUCACCGAGCUGGCUUCACUUGGAAGUAUGUUGGAUGAGGGCUUCCGCAUUGUGGACGAACAACUAGACAAUGCACACGAGGAAAUAACAACCAAGCAGAUUUUUGAGUACGAUCUUAUGGGGGGACCGGACUGGACUCAAAGAAUAGAGAAAGAAGAUUUGGCCUACCAAUCCCUUCUAGCGGGGAGAAGAGUAGCUUUGAGGAACAAGGCUAGAGAAUUCCGCCUCAGCCCUCCAGAAACCCAACCUUGGCGUAGCGAUGACCCUGAAAGAUUGAAGAUGGACAUCGACUCUCUGGAGAUGGAGAAAGAGAGACUACGUCUUUUCAACCAGAGAAUGCUUGGUAAGGAGCUUGACGGUAUGAGCUACGCCGAGCUGUUCGUGUUUAGCUUUGAGAUAUCGGGUGCUAGUAGGAAAGUUGUGUCAAUGAAGAAGAUAAAACGUGACGAAGAGAUGAGGAAGACAAAACGUCCAAGGCCGUCGGUCAACAAGGAGCCAAUCUCCCCGGGACAGAUAUGAUGGUGGUGGCAGGUUCUCUUCGCUCGUGACAACACUAAGAGAUUGGAUAUCGUUUUGUUUAAUAAGAGUGUCUUGUGACGUGGCUACUAUUAUGUACUUGGAUGAUUUUUAUGGUUAGUUCUAGGCAUGGGCAUUCGGGGUCCCAAUCGAGUUUCGGUUUUAUCCAUUCGGGUUUUGAUUUUGGGGUUUAUCAAAAUGAACCUCAUUCGGGUUAUAUAAAAGUUCGGUUCGGGACCGGUUCAGGUUUUAUCGGGUUCGGGUCGGAGUUAGUAAAUCUUCAAAGAACCGGUAUAACCCAUUGUACUUUUGGGUUCG